AUGGAUCAUCCAGACACCGUCUCGGCCAUUUCAAUGCUGUAUAAGACAGUCAAACUACUGCGCACCGGCUGUGAACUGCACCUGCACGGCUGGGUUUACCCCCUUGCACAUCCACCCUCACCUACGUUCACCCUCUCGCACUUUCACCUCAUGCAUUUCCACCCCAUUGCACUUUCACCACAUGUAGAUUCACCCCCUUGCACCUUAAACCCCUCGCACAUUCACCACAUGCAUUUCCACCCCCUUGCAAUUCCACCCCCUCUUACUUUCACCUCAUCUAUUUUCACCCCCUCGCACUUCCACCCCCACGUACUUCCACCCCAUGUACUUCCACCCCCACUUACUUUCAACCCCACGCACUUCCUGCCCAUGCACUUCCAACCCCACGUACUUUCAACCCCACGCACUUCCAGCCCAUGCACUUCCACCCUCUCGCACUUUCACCUCAUGCAUUUCCACCCGCUUGCACUUCCACCGUCACCUACGUUCAUCCCCUUGCACUUUAAACCCCUCGCACUUCCACCCCCUCUUACUUUCACCUCAUGUAUUUUCACCCCCUCGCACUUCCACCCCCACGUACUUCCACCCCAUGCACUUCCACCCCCACGUACUUUCAACCCCACGCACUUCCAGCCCAUGCGCUUCCACCCCCUCGCACUUCCACCCCCACGUACUUUCAACCCCACGCAUUUCCUGCCCAUGCACUUCCAGCCCAUGCACUUCCACCCCCACGUACUUUCAACCCCACGCACUUCCAGCCCAUGCACUUCCACCCCCAUGUACUUUCAACCCCACGCACUUCCAGCCCAUGCACUUCCACCCCCUCGCACUUCCACCCCACGUACUUUUACCCCCACGCAUUUCCACCUCCACGUAUUUCCACCCCCACGUACUUCCACCCCCACGUACUUCCAACCCCACGCAGUUCCACCCCCACGUACUUUCAACCCCAUGCACUUCCGCCCCCUCGCACUUCCGUGCGCAUUUCCACCCCCUCGCACAUUCACCUCCAUGUAG